GCAAAUGUUCUUUUAAAAAAAAUCCGUCGGCGAUAUCGCCGAGUCCACGGUAAUCCACGUUUAUCUGAGUAAACAUUAAUAUUUACGUAGGUACUUGAUAUCUACUAAUAAUGGUGGUGGUGGCAGGUGUCCACUAAUCCGCAUCGUAGGUACGUAUCGCAUCGCAUCGAACGGAUUUUCAAUUAUACGGUAGUUAAAAUCAGUACGAUGCGCAUCAGUGGACGCACUUGUAUGAUUUUCUAUACAAAGAGUACUAAAAUCCGAUACGUACGAUGCGGAUCUGUGGACGCCUGCCAUUAUAGUGAAACCGACGAGUAGGUAUGCCGCAAGGCCAUCAACUUCUCGCAGCCUUUUGUUUUAAAUGCUUCAUUGCAAUAGGUAAGUGACGGUGUCUCGAAUAAACCAACGCGUUUGGCAAACUAAAAUGAAGAAAUUGAGUAGAAACAGGCAUCGCUUUGUGAAAGUUCAUCAGUAUAUUUAUUACUUAUAUUAUAAAGGUAUUAUAGAGGUACCUAAUGGAAGUAAUUGACCCCGGUCAAUAUACAGUAUAAUAAUAAUUGAUUAUUAUCUAAAUGCUGAUAAUAAUCGGUAAUACCACAGUAGAUAUAACAAGGUAAUACCUACCAAAAGUUGUACUCGUUCUUCCGACAUUCUGUCGGUACUGUUCUAAAACCCGUGAUAGCCCAGUGGAUAUGUCUGCAAUCGAUUCGAAGGACGUAGGUUUAAAUCCGGUCCGGGGCAUGCACCUCUAACUUUUUAGUUAUGUGCAAGCGUAGCUUAAAACGCCGAGGUACAAUACAUAAUAUUAUGAUACAUGCAUAUUACAUCUUUAGAGAAACCGGUAUAUUAACUGUUGGAUCCUGAGUCUGACCUUAGAUUUGCUAUAAGUACCAAACGCGAUUAGGUACAUUAUAAUUUUAUAGCGCGAUUGAGUCAUCGAGAUAAAACGCUGAUAAGUAAUAAAAUUUUGUAUUCAGCUAUGAUAACAAUGGAAGUUUGCAGUACAUUUUAUCAGCUGUGUUAUGUUAAGCUAACACGAAUUCGGUAUAUAUACAUACGUUAUUCAUAUAAAUAAUUAAGUGUACGAAACAAAAAAACGUCACUAUCUAAUAAACUCUGAUUGAAUUAUUCAUUUAAGUCUGAUUAUAGUUCGAUUUUCCUUUUAGUAUUAGUUAGAACGCGUUAGUGAGUUAUAGUGGGUGUAAUAUUAGUUAUGAUAAGUUAAUUCAGUGCACAAAUAGUAAUUUGUUUACGAAUAACAAUGUCGGAAAGAGACCUACUGCCUUUGCCAAAGAGGUCGAUAGCGACCACUAUUGAGUUGCCGAUACUUUUCAAUAUGAUUGCCGUUUCUCUAGCAGGUUCGGCUCUCAGCAAUAUAAUCCUCUACCGCACCUGCGUACACUCACUAGGACACAGCGAAUAUGAAUGCAAGCCAUUCUUAUCGCCAAUAAAGACUAAUGACACCGCCGGACUGGAGGAAGACGUACAAAGAUACUCAACUCACAUAUCUACAGUGAAAAUGAUCAUUGAAAACUUCUGUCCGGCCGUUUUGUCCAUGUUUUUGGGGGUGUGGUCGGACACGUAUGGUAGAAAGCCUUUGAUAGUGUGGCCAUUAUUUGGUAUGGCGAUAACGAGCAUCUCGCUGGUGGUGUUCGCCAUGAUGGACAGCCUGAGUCCGUGGUGGUACGUGGCCACGAGUGCGCCCUUCUCGCUCACCGGCGGCUACGUGGUCAUGUUCACCGGUGCGUACUGCUAUAUCAGUGAUACCAGUUCCUCUAGCAGCGCCACUCUUAGGAUGACAAUACUGGACGCGACAAUGUCAGUGGGCACUAUAGCCGGGAAUUUGUUCAGCACUUACCUCAUAAUGACGAUUGGAAACGUUUAUUUACUAUUGUUGACAGCGACACUUAGUGUAACAGCAUACGCCUUCGCCAAUGUGUACUUAAAGGAAUCUUUACGAGGUGCAUUGCAGGGUGGAGGAACAAGAGUUCUAGACAUAUUAUACGUUAAAGAAAUGAUGAGCGAAUGUUUCAAAGAACGUCCACACAACGGGCGUGCGCAGAUCAUUCUCCUGGCCGCCAGUAGGAUACUGCAGAUAAUGGUCUUAUACGGUCUGAUCAUUCUAGAAUACAUGUAUACGAGGCAGAAGUUGCACUGGUCACUGAGGGAUUACACGAUGUAUUCCUCUGUCAGUACGCUUGUCACAUUCGUAGGGGGAUUCUUUGGAGUUAUUGUGGUACAAAAGUUACUGCGGCUUGGUGAUAUGUCGUUUACAUUGUUCGCUUUACUAACCGCAACCGCUGAUAAUCUGUUGAAGCUGUUUGCGGUUGAUUCGUGGUAUAUGUAUUUAGGUUCAGCGAUAUCAAUGUUCAAGGGUUUAGCAGGACCGCUGUUACGGUCUUUUAUUACCAAAAACUUCCCAUUGGAGGAUAUUGCCAAAAUAUUCGCAUUCGUUUGCGCCAUGGAGAGCAUUGGCCUCGUGCUGUCACCGGUUAUAUUCAACUCGCUGUACAGUUUCACCUUGGCGAUCUUUCCCGGUGCAAUAUACGUUCUUAGCAGCGUUAUGAAUGCCUCCUGCUUCCUUAUGUUAGGAUUUGUGCUAAUGUAUUCAAGAAGAGGAUCAUCCGCAAUCUACCAACCCAUUAACGAAGACAUUGAUGCGUAAGAUAACAACGAGGUAUUGUUAUAUCUAAGGAUUUCUGGAGACUUUUUGAGGAGUAAAGAAAAAACUAAUAUAGCCAAAGUAUUAACUUUACCUACUUAUAAAACAUGGAGCGCAUUCAUAGACAUAGACAAAUAUACCUUCAUGUACCUACCAUACCAACCUAUAGUUUGUUAAAGGAAAGGAAGGUAUUUCUAAUGUAUUUGUACGACAAUUAUAAUAUGUUUAGGGUUUUUUUAAUUUAUAAAUGACUAGCGGACGCUCGGGAAUCCGUUCGGAUGAAAUUAUGUUUCUUAAAUUCCCCAAACUAAAUUGAAAAGCUGUUUUUAUGAAUACGAUGAUGAGCUGAGCAGGGGCAUCGCUACCGCCGUAUCAGCCGUAUCAAUGAUAUGGGGCCCCCGGACUACAGGGGCCCCUUACUUGGAAAGCAAAAAUUUGUAAAAUUUAGGUAAUCCACAAUAUCAUUUUGUUCCCUGGCAAAGCGUGUGCUCAAAACUUGGAAACACCAUAGGCUAAGUAACUAAGAUAUUUCAUACAAGCAAGCAUUUUUGUUUCCUUUGUGAGAAAUCUUGACCCCUCAUUUGGGUCCUCCAACAAAUUUUGAUACGGGACCCCUCCAAGGCACGCUACGGCACUGGAGCUGAGAGAAACAUGAUGAUAGUAUUAAAAAAGUUCAUUUUUAUAAGUGCGUGUACAUAUAAUCAUACUGUUGAUAGUAAUCAACAGUAUGAUUAUUUAUUGUAUCCUAUUUUACACGUUGUAUUUAAUUAAUAACGCUGUGAUAAUUAUUACUAUUGUUAUGACAUUAUAGGUAUACGUAAGGCAGUUUUAAUUAACUUUAAAAGUAGAUUUUUUUUGAAUGCUCACCUACCAAAGGUUUAAAAAAUUUGUGACUGUUAAAGAAAAUAUAUAUUUUAUAGCUAUUUUACACAAUGUAUCUCUAGUAUAGGAGCGUAUUUAUGACGCUGUUUUGUGAUGAA